AUGGAAAUUUUCUUAAAGACACAGCAUGACUAUAAAAAGAUCAAUUGGUUUUCAUCUAUACCUGAGAAAUUUAAGCACGACAUCAAGGAGCAAUUGAAAAAAGAAAACUUGGACUUUGAUAAUGAACAUACUUAUCAAGUUAUUGUGAAUAUGCCUAAGAUUUCAGGUAGUUAGUCAAGAUUUAAGUCAUCAAGGUUGAAUUCUGCUAAUAGUCAAAAGUUUUUAAGUGAAUAGUAAUCUGUAUUGAGUGGAGGAGGAUUAUAAAUGAGCAGCGUUGCCAAUCUAAGACCUUAAACAUAGGGAAUUGGUGGUGUAAAUGGUUAAGAACGCCAUUAAUUCAAUCGGAAAAAGAUCAUGACCGUGCCAACCUAUUAAAAUUUAGUGAGAACUAGAGAGGAUAAACUUCACUAAUUACAACAGGAAAAAGAGCUAAAUAAACUUUAUGAGAAUGAAGUAAGGUAGCACCUCAGUGAAGAUGGUAUUCCCUCAAAUGAUAUUAAGGUGAAUACGGUUGCAGUCAAAUAUCUUGGAAUUACCGAUGGUAAAAUAGGAAUAUUGUCAAGAAAAGUACCCAUUCCAGUUACAGUUCCAGAAAAAGAGUAGUAAUCUAGAAGAGUUUUGUCAAAGAUCAAAUCAGCGAAGAUUAUCAAUAGACCCAAACAGUUUUAAGAGAUUAAACUCUCUACUCAUGAUAACAUAAUUAAAACAGAUGAUGAAGAUGAUGGUUAUAUUCCUGCUGCUACAAAACCGAAUACCAAAGAAUAUAUUGUUUAAGGAAGGAUCAGUGAGUACAAUCAUCUUAUAUAAGAUAAGUUGGUAAAGAAAGAAGAAAAAAGCUUAUAUGAUGUUAUAAAUGAUUAAAGAACAAUUUUAAAGACAGCAACUAAUAAAAAAUAAACUAAGGAUCUUUCAACAGGAGUAAAUGUACCUUCAAAUUAUCAUACUUAAAAAUCAAAUUCAAGCAAGAAUUUGUUGAAUGACAUAAAUAGACCGAGGACCUCUGUGAAUCCAAAUUACAAGAAUAUCUAAUCUCACUAUAAAUUGACUAGUCUUAUAAAUGGACCUGAUGAAACUGAUAUAAUGAAUUAUAUAAAUCAAAAGACAUUCCAUAAAAUGCAGUAAUAGUAAAGUCAAAAACAGAUUGUCUAAAAGAUAACCUAGGCAUAUUAAGAAUUCAACUAAGCUCAUUAACUUGUACCUUAACCAGAGGAAUAUAACCAGUAUCUGAUAAAUAAAUAUUCCUUGCCUAAGGGACUGAGAGCUUGCAAGAAGCAAAGAAAUUACUCAGAAAGUGAAUAAUAGUUCGAUGAUAGAUACACAAAAGAAAAUUUAGAAAAGAUAAACUUAGCUAACCGCCGCCGAAUGCUUGGAGCAUUCUAAUAGAGUCAAGGACUUCAAGGUUCAAAGAUAAAGCCUGUAAUAAUUUCUCCUAAAACAUCCUCUUACGGUUAAUCUGGAUUUAAUUCUAAGGGAAGUCUACUGCUAAAUUGA